UCACUACGUCAUGACGCAGCGGCUCCAGCUGGACGUCGCUGGCGUCGGUCGGUAGUUAGUUUAGCUCAGAGGAGCAAACAGGUACAGUAGCUCCGUUUAAAACCACGAUUUAACAUUUUUUAACAAUAUUUUCUCAACAUCUAACGGCGGGAACCGACAGUGGGAGUGUUUACGAUUAACGGGACUUACCGGGAGAAGAGGAGUUUGUUGUUUUGUUGCCCCAACAGACAGACAGACUGUGUGUGUGUCCUGAGGGGGCGGAGCCAGAGGAGAGGCGGUGUCUGCUUCUGUUUCCUGUCUGGGAGGAAACGGUGAACGUCUGAGAGAUAAUGUUAAGCUAAAGGACGAGAGGAGCUGUCACUCAAACCAGGAACACGCCCCCAAGCAACACCAGCAGCCAGUCAGCACGCAGUUUGGAGGACCAUCAUGCACCUGAAGUCGUAUCCGAAGCUCGUGCGCUCCGAGUUGCGUCUGGACGUGGUCGGCGUUCAGACGUCUCAGCGGAGCCAGCAGCAGGCGGUGCUGCUGAGGACCUGCGCCGGUAACCGCAGCAACAACCGCCUCCCGUUCAGCGUCCUGUCUCCCAACACGCCGCUCCGGCUGCCGGGCCGCGAGAACGACUCGCUGCGACUCUACCAGACCGCCACGGAGGACGGGGACGCCCCGCCGGACAUCUGGACCGUCAUCAAGCCGGGACACGUCCGGGAGAAGAUCGCCAUCUUCGCUACGGACGACGAGUGCACGGGCGCCAACGGCCGAGCGGCGCCCACGAACCACGCGGCGAUGUCGGGACUGUCGCGCGCCGCAAAGGCGAAGGGAAGCUGGGAGGAGAACGGCAGCGCUAAACGGCGACGUAGGUCCGGAAACGACCAGCAGAGGGACGCUCGCAAAGCGUCUCCACGGCGAUCUGACUCGUCCAGCGAGGCCGUGAUGGCGUUGGCGACGGCAACGGAGGAGCAGAAAGUGUCGGUUGUGGAGAUGGUCGCGUUCCUGGAGCAGAGAGCCAGCGAGCCACAGCAGCAGCAGCCGGACGCCAAACCGCUGCUCGCCAUGCAGAGAAGCUCCGCCUCCAUCACGCUGUCCAGAGCCCCGCCCCCUGAGGUCAGAGGGGAGGAGGAGGAGGAGGAGCCAGAGAGCGUCCGUGUGUCGGACAUGGUGGCGAGGCUGGAGUCUGCGUGUGAGAAGCGGCAAUCGGCGGGAGAUCUGUCGAGAAACAACAGCCUGCGGAGGAUAGCGGGACGCGUCCUGCUCGCCACUGACCAGAGCUCCGCCCCCUGCCCGCCUUCAUCGGCUUCAGACAGGGAGCCAACCGGCUGCUCAGAAACAGCCGUCUCAGCUGUGGCUAACGCUAACGGUAGCUCUGGAGAGGAGACGCUGGACAGCGCCGCAGAGACUCACACACAAGCCCUGCCCCUCCAACAGGCUCCGCCCCUCACACAGGCUUCAAAGGUGGAGCCUAUGCCCGGCUUGUUGUUCCUGCUUCCUGCUUCUCAGCCCCGCCCCCCUGCUGCUCGCUGCGACUCUGGCAGCCAAUCAGAGAAGAGGAGGAGGAGGAAGGCGGACCGAGCUCAGCAGGAGGUGUUGAUUCAGGAUGGCGAUGCCGGCGUUGUGACUCUCUGCUCCUCGUCUUCGUCCCCGCCCCCGCGACGUGCGUCCCCGGACUUCCUGUUGAUGCGCCAGCGUCUGCAGCAGCUGUUGGCGCCCCAGCCGUUCCUCGCCGUUCUGCCCCACCACGUGCUGCUGACCAUCCUGGCGCUGCUGCCCACGCAGAGCCUCGCCGCGCUCAAGUGCACCUGCCGCUACCUCCGCUCCGUCAUCGACGACUACGGCGUGCGGCCCGCCGACUCGCUCUGGGUGUCCGACCCACGUUACCGCGACGACCCCUGCAAGCAGUGCAAGAAGCGGUACGGGCGCGGGGACGUGUCGCUGUGCCGCUGGCACCACAAGCCGUACUGCCAGGCGCUGCCGUACGGCCCCGGCUACUGGAUGUGCUGCCACGGCGCACGCCGGGACACGCCCGGCUGCAACGUGGGUCUCCAUGACAACCGCUGGGUGCCGGCGUUCCACAGCAUCAACGUGCCGAUCUACCGGAGAGGCCGUGGCGAGGACUAAUGCAUUAGCAGGAAACGUUUGAAGACGCCCCCCCCCUCCGCCCCGCUGCUGUGUGUGUGUGUGUGUGUGUGUGUGUGUGUGUGUGUGUGUGUCUGCGUGCACGUGUGUGUGUGUGUGUGUGUGUGUGUGUGUGUGUCUCGUUAAGCUCGUUAGUGACGGGGGGGCGAGGGGGGGGGGGUCUCAGACAGGACUUCUUCUUCUUCUUCACCGCUGCUGAAACUGUUGCUAAAGAACAUUUAAAGCUGCCAAUAUAUCGAUUUUUAUCUUCACGGUGGAUUACGUUCUGGAUGAAUGUGGACCAGAGUUUCCCC